AUAACAGAACAAAAUGGACGAGUGAUGUUCGAAGGUAAUCGUGUACGACUAAAGAAAAAUUAAUACGAAUAUUUAAGUACAUAAAAAAAAAAAACAAUUCUUUUAUAUCUAAAAAUUAACAUAAAUUUAAGAUAUUAAAUUAGAUUUAUCGUUGAAAAAAAAUUUGUUAAUCAUAAAAUCUAAUUAAAUGCAAAAUAUUCAAUUUUUUUGUGUAUACAAGAGUUUUUUUUUUGCAUAUUAAAAAAUUUGUGAAAAAAGAAGUGAAAGAAAUUUUAGUGAAUAAAGGAAAGAAAUUUGUUUUCGUUUUCUAAAGUAAAAAAUUUUUAAUUUAAAUUUAUAAAUUCUAAAUUGAAAGUGAAAAAUAAAUAUAAAUAAAUAAAAAUUAUUUUUAAAAUUUUUGUAUUACAAAAUAAUAGCUUAUUGUCAUUGAUUUACAUACAAGAUAAAUAGAAAGCCCAUGGCCCCAUGUUUUGUUUUUGAUUAAAGGAUUUCUUUACUAUUUUUGUAUUACUAUCAUUUCAAAUUUAUUUUUUAUACUUCAAUUUACGAGACAAAUUAAGUGAAUUCAUAAAAGAUAAUACGUGCAUUGCAUAAAAAAAAAUUAAUAAUUUUUAUAUUUUAAAAAAUAUUAAAAAAAAUUACAAUAAAAAAAAAGAAAUCGAGAAAAUAUCAAAUAUAAAAAAAAACAACACAGUAUACAAAGAAAAACUCAGUACCUACAUACAACCUAACUUCAAAAAUAUAAUUGAGAAUACCAACAAUAAAGCGGGAUUUAUUACGUUCAUAAUUAAUACUAGGUAGAAAGUUUAUACUAAUUAAAAAUCAUGGGUUUAUUAUUUUCAAAAUUAUGGAGCCUUUUUGGCAAUGAGGAACACAAAUUAGUGAUGGUCGGCUUAGAUAAUGCUGGAAAAACAACAAUUUUAUAUCAAUUUUUAAUGAAUGAAGUUGUACAUACUAGUCCAACAAUUGGAUCUAAUGUUGAAGAAGUAGUUUGGCGAAAUAUACAUUUUUUAGUAUGGGAUUUAGGUGGACAACAAAGUUUAAGAGCAGCAUGGAGCACAUAUUAUACAAAUACAGAAUUUAUUAUAAUGGUAAUUGAUUCAACAGAUCGAGAACGACUAGCUGUUACAAGAGAAGAAUUAUAUAGGAUGCUGCAGCAUGAAGACUUAUGUAAAGCUAGCUUACUAGUAUAUGCAAAUAAACAAGACUUAAAAGGGGCUAUGUCAGCUGCAGAAAUAUCAAGACAAUUGGAUUUAACUUCAAUAAAGAAACAUCAAUGGCACAUACAAGGAUGUUGUGCACUAACAGGAGAAGGGUUAUAUCAAGGUCUGGAAUGGAUUGUACAGCGUAUUAAAAAGAAAUGACACGUAGAUGAUGAUCUUACAAAAACUGAUAUGUAGUUAAUUAUUUUUUCUCCAAUUUUUUAUUAGAAAACUUAAAAAAAAAUUAAAAAAAAAAAAAUUAAAAUGAAAUAUAAAGUAAACUCAGUAAAAAAAAAUUAAAUUAUAAUUUAUGUAAAUUUAAUAACAACUAAAUUUAAAUUUAAAAAUGAGAUGAAAAUGUAAAAUAUAAUUAAAUUCAAAUUAUUAAAUUCAUAAAAGAAAAAACACACACACAAAUAAUAUGAUAAAUACUUUUUGUGUAUAAUAUGAAAUUAGUUUAAGUUUUCAACAAAAUAAAAACUUUAGAAAGUCAAACAGACU